AUGCAGCUUAUUGCAGGUAUUCCCUACGACUUCGAUAAACCGUGGUCAUUCUGGUUCUAUAUUGGCAAGAUCGUAUCCAAGGCAUUCUUUGGCGUCGAAGAUCAACUUGAGUGGCUCAAUGCCGUUCGAGUCCGUACAAGAGAGUUCAUUGCCUUCUCAAAUACUAGCACUGUUAAGGAUAACGGGCCAAACCACGAAACGGGGAGGAUACAAGUUGUCGAGGUUGACUUCCUUAAACCGCAGCCGGGAGAGAAUAUCAAGUUAUUCUGGAAACCUGCUAGAGGUAUCAUUUCCCAGCAAGUGAAAAACUAUUAUCAGUCGAGCCAGAGCUGUAAUUAG